AUGACAAGGGCGUCUAAUCUGAGAGCUGACCGGAAUAAUUUAUUCCUUCCAAGUAAAACCGCAAACAACAAUUGCGCAUCGGAGAAGAAGGAGCUUGGAGCAACAGACUUGUCAGUAUAUUCCACUGAGAAAGACUGCAACUUGUUUCAUUUAUUGCCAUUUACUUUUUGGACGAGGGUGACCGAUAAACUGUUGUACUCUAACCUUCAAGCGAAUCCCGUCUUUGUCUUCACUGUUACGUGGGUUCGGAGAAAAAUCCCAUUGAUCGAUCGGUCUAUGCCGCUUUUCACUUUUAAGGAUAAACAUGAACAAAAUGGUUUCGGUCUACCAACACGUCUCAUGAGUUACGUAUCUGAGGCAACGGUUGUCGGAGACCUGACGGGGACUCAGCUCUGCUGCCCGAAGAGGUUACGCUUCACCAGCAUAUAUCAACACGGCCCCUUCUCGUAA